AUGGAUAACUUCACCGACGUCCUCAGUGCUUUCAAUUGCCAGGGCGGCUUCUGCACCUGCUCCAUUGGAGGGCCGGCGUAUGCCGCCGGAGCGCUCGACACGAGUGAAAUUGAUGAUCGAUGGCUUCCCCCGGAGGUCAAGGAAGACAACCUGUUCAUGCCGUCCCCGAGGUUGACAAGCCGAGACCCAGAAGCGGUCAAGGGGCAGCCGGAGCAGUCGCCGGCCUUUCUGCAGGAAAGUGUGGGCAGCACGGAUCGCACUACAGACGAGGGUGCCGAGACCCGGACAACUCUUCGCGAUGAGGCAUCCAAGCCCGUAGCCGCGGAGGGGCGCUUCGAGGAUUCUCCGGCUCGGGAGCUUGCUGAGUCGCAGCAGACUCGACCACAAACCCUGAGGAAGCACUCUACCUUCGGUAUCUCCGAUUACCAGAGUGAGUUGAAGGUUGGUUUGGCGGCACCUCUGCCGGCCAUUUCCAGGAGCACAGCUUCGCUUCCGAACUCGCCGAUAGGUGGUGGACGAGGCAGCUACCGUCGGUGCUGCUCCUGGUCGAGAUACAUUGCGACCACUCCCGAAGAGGAGGUUGCUCACAGCCAGCUCUCCAAGUUGGCUUCAAUCAUGUUGGAUGAGGCAAACGAGAGCCAUCGACAAGCGAUGGAAGAGUACUGGGAGCUCAUGCUCGGAGAUCAGGUUCCCUACGAGGUCCGCUCAAAGCGGUGGAGCGACGAUCUCGGCUUCCAGAGCGCAAAUCCCUGGACCGACUUCCGCGGAGGAGGCCUUCUUUCCCUGCGGUGCCUCCUUUUCCUUGCAGACAAGCACACUUCGCAGGCACGGAUCCUAAUGGAGGAGGCGAAGUUUCCUUCACGCGCUUGGUAUCCCUUCUCGGCCGCCGGGAUCACAAUCUGUCAACUUCUUGCUGUCCACCUGAGACUGCAUGCACGGCCGAUGCUCGGUCCAGUGAAAACGCUCCCGGCUGCGCACCCCCUGGCAAUGAAGCGCUUCCUGAGCGAGCUUGCCAAGAGCGAUCCCGUGGAGGUCUUCGCCAGCUACUGGAUGGCGGCGCUUUGCAAGCUCCACAAGGAGUGGCGAGAGCUUUGCGACCGGGAUCCAAAAGCCAACAUCUCCAUGUCCUUCAACCGCGUGUACGAAUAUGUGGGCGUCGCUGUCGAGAGCGCUCUGGCCACCAAGCACUCUGACCGCUUGCGGGUCCUCAAAGAGGUGAACGCCAGGUCCUCUGUCACCAGCGGGCACAAUUUGCUCGUUCGCGCCGAGUCGAGAGUGCUUGUCGGCAUGGUGCGGUUGGAGCACCUUUUCCUUUGUCUUGGCUACAAGCUGAAGAGUGGUCGACCUAGCUUGCAGGAGUCCGAGGAGGACUGCUAUGUACAGCCGCCUAGAACCAGCUCAAGUUCCUCCGUGGAAAGCGAUGUCUCGAUGGCAGUGCCCGAACUCAUCGACUCCGCAGAGGUCUAUCGCCUGUACAGGGGUGCUUGCGGCGCCGAGGGGGACAUCCAGGAACGAUGUCGAAUUUGGGUCGAUUUCACACGGUUGCAGAUUGCAGUUGCCGAGUACAACACCCCAGCAUCCCCUACAAAUUGCAUUUCUCUGCUGGACAUAACUUGGUGUCACUGCGAUGCGCUGGACCAGGACUCCUCCUGGCUCUACCGCAUCGACGUUUUCAGCCGGAGCCCUCCGAAAGGAGGAGCUUCUCCGACACGCCAGACAAGGCCGGAACCCAUGCAGAAGCCUAGAAUUAGCGUUGCAGGGUCCUCGACCACAUUGCAAGAAUUCGGACUCGCGCUACAAAAGCUGCUGAAGUCUCGGGACAACGAAGGUCACGGCCGCCUGUACUUCAUCCAGAAGCGAUUGUUCCAAUAUCUCUGGAGAUCGGUCCAGCUGUCAGUCAGCGAGGACCGCUUGGUUGAGGCGCAAGCAGUGCUGGCUUUCAACCUCAAUCCAAAGGAAGGCAUUGCAUAUUUAAAGCGAAAGUUGAAGAAGGACACCGAUGACGAGAUCGGUGAGUGGCUCUCCCAGGUAUGCACUGAACGUGGUGGUCUUGAUCCGACCAUGCUAGGAGACUACUUCAGCAGGCGAGAUACACUGCAGAUCUUUUGGAUCUUUGUCAGCCGCAUUGACUUUUCCAAGCAGGAUUUGGUCUCGGCACUGCGACAACUUUUCGACACUUUCAAGCCCGGAGGAGAGGGCCAAGUGAUCACCCGCAUUCUGGAGUAUUUUGCGGAGUCCUACUUUCUGCAAUGGCAGAAGCAAGCCGACUCCGCCAGCAGUUUGACCAAUUACAAGUCUUCUGACACUGUCUUUCAGGUGGCCGUCAGCCUCAUUAUGCUGAAUACAGGCCUGCACGUGGCCAGCAAAAAGCUGAAGAAGGCGAAUACAGCAGCAAUGACCUUGGAGGAGUACAUCUCCAACACAAGGCGCCUGGUAUCCGAGGAGGAGGUCCCGAACGAGGCCCUGAGGACUUGGUUCGAGGACAUCAGUUGUACAGAGAUCUCCGUGGAACCCAUGCCCCGCACGCCGUUCUCCAAGCUGCCCGUCCAGCCGAAUAUCGAGGGAUGGCUCAUUGCUGUGAUGGAGGGUGCACGUCGCUUGCGAUUUUGGGCCGUGCUGGUGCUCCAGCGCAUCUAUCUCUUUUCCGAUUCGCAGGGCGAUGUUGAUCCUGAAGAUGUCAUUGACUUGAAGGAUGUGGCAGUCGCAGCACUCGCAGAAGACAGCGCUGCAAAGAAGCGGUACACGAAUCACUUGAGUCACAAGCCUUGCUGCUGCGCGGCACGCCGGCCACCAGCGCCCUGGCAACUCGAGGCCACCAGCAGGGCGCUCGAGAUUUCGCAGCGCUCGCCGGGCCCACCAGCGAUCCUGACGAAGUCAAGUCCGACACCUCUUCGCCGGCUGGUCUUGGUGGCAGAAAGCCAGGAUUUGGCCGACAAGUGGGUGCACAUGAUCUCCUGUGGGCCCUGA